AUGCAGCAUUCUGAGUUGGCAAAUGAGUUGGUCAAUGUUAGGAAGGAUGAGGUGGAGCUUGAAAGAAAUGAUGUGGCACAUGAGGUUGUGGAUGACCUGGAAAGAGCAAAUAUAGUUGUUGAUAUGCUAUUUGAGAGAGGUUUAACCCUACAACAAGAACUUUCUGAAUCUGAGGUUAGCAGUGAUGAUGACUACAAUUGCGGUGAUGAGGAUGAAUAUGAGCAUGAUUCAGAUUUGUUUGCAGAAAAUCUUGAAGAUGUUGAUUUGGGUGCAUUGAAUGUUGAUGAGGAAGGUAUAGCAAGCUAUCCUACAUUCAAUCCUGAGGUUGAUUUUAAGGGUAAGAUCGUUUUGUCUUUAGGCCUUAAGUUCCCUUCUACAUAUGUCUUUAGAAAAGCGUUAAGGUACCAUGCUAUUGAAUGUGGUUACAAUUAUUGUUACCUGCAUAAUGGUAGAUCUAGGAUAACUGUUUAUUGCUACAAUAGAUGCGAUUGCGUUAAAUCGAAAGGUAGAAUUGUGAACUGUGUUUGUGGGAACGAUAAGAAGUGUUUUUUUAAGGUUCAUGCUGUGAAGUUGAAAGAUGAGGAGACACUUCAAAUAAGGAGUUAUUUUCCCGAGCACACUUGUGCUCACCAACACCAAAAUAACAAAGUCACUGCUUUGUAUUUAGCUAAGAAAUACAUACAGGAUUGGAGGGAAAAUCCAAAUUGGGAAUUAAAGGCAUUUAAGAAACGGAAAAUGUUAGUCGGUGAUGCUAGUGAAGAGUAUAGCAGGGUGUGGGAUUAUGCGGAAGCAAUAAGGAGGUAUAACCCUGGAAGCACUGCAAUCGUCAAAUGCAUCGGAAUAGAGACACCUCCACCCUUGUUUCAAAGGAUGUAUAUAUGUUUGCCAGCAUGUAAGGAGGGUUUUGUUGCUGGCUGUAGGCCUAUUAUAUGUGUUGAUGGGGCGCAUUUGAAGGGACAAUUUCCUGGGAUUUUGCUUACCGCUGUAGGUAAAGAUGGGAACAAUAACAUCUUCCCUGUUGCAUGGGCUGUCGUCGAAACAGAAAACGUAGAAACUUGGACUUGGUUUCUAAAUCUCCUUGUAGAAGACCUAAAGUCGGUUAGUUCAUCAAGUAGUUGGGUGCAAGCAGGAUGUGAAGAUUUUACCUUCAUGAGCGAUAGGCAAAAGGGUUUGAUUGAAGCUUUAAACACAGUGAUUCCUGAAGCCGAAAUUAGGUUCUGCUGUAGGCAUAUAUGGGCUAACUUUAAGAUUAAGUUCCCUGGAGAGUUGUACAAGCAUCACUUUUGGAAAGCAGCAAGAGCUUACAACAAGUUUGAUUUUGAUAGAGAAAUGAAUCAAAUAAAGAAUAUUUCUGUUCAAGCAUAUGAAUAUCUAGCUGCUAUUCCUGCUAAACACUGGUCUAGGCAUGCUUUUCCUAUUAGGAGUAAGUCUGGGAUGUUGUUAAAUAAUUGUUGUGAGUCAUUUAAUAAUGUGUUAGUAGAAGCUAGGGGAAAGCCCAUCAUUUCUCUUAUGGAGUGGAUUAGGAGAUAUGUGAUGCAACGGAGUGCAGCCAAAAGAGAAGGAUUGGGUAACUUUAGAGGUGUGUUAAUGCCAACAAUCUCCAAAAUGAUUGAAAAAAAUUCAAAGGAAAUAUAUGGUUUGAGAGUAAUCCCAGUGGAUGUGUCUGAGUUUGAGGUGGACGAUGAUGAAAAAAGUUACGUUGUGAAUUUGACCAAUAAGACAUGCCUCUGUGGAAGUUGGAAUCUUCUUGGGAUCCCUUGCAAACAUGCCAUGGCUUGUAUUUGUAUUAGAAAAUUGGAUGCUACUGAAUUUGUCCAUCAAGCGUAUCUUGUAGAAACGUAUGCAAAGACGUAUGCUCCGAAGUUUUAUGGUAUGCCAGGACGCGAAAUGUGGCCGACAACCACUUUAGCAAAACCUCUUCCUCCACCAUUUCGAAAGAUGCCUGGAAGGCCUAAAAUGAAGAAAAGAAAAAAGGAAAACGAUGAAGGUAAAGGAGGUAACAAUCCUGUAAAUGUUGUUCGAGAAUUCAAGCAACGAAGAUGUGGUAAUUGCGGUAACUUAGGCCACAACAAAAGAAAAUGCAAGAAUCCAGCAAAAUCAAAUCCAACUGGGGGAAAGUCAAAGGGUGGAAGGCUUAAAAUGGGAAAUCCUUGCACCAGCAGUCAACAAACGCAAACCGGAACAGCAACAUCCACUUCAUGUAUAGUGGAUCAACAAAGUCAAAUAUAG